UGUGAGCUAAUAGAAUUCCUUCCAAGAAACUAGAAGUUUGUUGAUUGUUUCAGGAUAUCUACCAUGAGGAGUACCAAUGUGUUGCUGUAAUGUUUGCAUCCAUCCCAAACUACAUGGUCUUUGACACAGCAAAUUAUGGAUAUCAAGAAGGACCAAAUUGUCUUCAGUUGCUCAACAAGAUCAUCUGUAACUUUGAUAAGUUGCUUUAUGAAACUGAGUUUCUGAAAAUUGAGAAAAUUAAAACCAUUGGCAGUACAUACAUGGCUGCUGCAGGUUUACAACCUGGCAGAGGAGGAUCUAUGGAGGUACAACAGGAGGAACAUCCAGAAGAAAAUGUCCAAGCUUUAGUACAAUUUGCAGUGAAGAUAAUGAAUAGCUUGGACCUGACUAACAAAGAAAACUCACAAAACCUUAAACUUCGAGUUGGUAUAGCAGUAGGCCCUUUGAUAGCAGGAGUUGUUGGUCCAGUGAAGCCUCAGUAUGACAUUUGGGGAAACACAGUGAACAUGGCCAGUCGCAUGGAGUCAACUGGCAUUCUUGGCCACAUUCAGGUUACAAAUGAAGUGGCUGACUUAUUAAUGAACCAACGUCAGGAAUAUCUUCUGCAAAAGAGGGAGGGUGUGUACGUCAAAGGGAAAGGUCACUUGACCACAUACCUGCUCAAGACUCCAUUUGAUGAUCCAGCCAGUGAGGAUGAGGAUGUCACUAGAUUAUGACAUUAUUGUUUUAUGUGUGUUUUUAGAGCCAUGCUACUAAGUUUGAAAGUGUAAUGUCAUUAUUGUUUCUAGGUUAUUUACAUUUCUUUUAUCUAGGAGAGACUAACUAAAAGAUGAUUCAUCUCUAGCACAUGUGUUAUUACGUACCAGACACCAUAAGCUACACAUCAUCAGAGAUUGAAACUUUUUGGACACUAUAUUGCUACAUAAAUACCAUUAGAACUUGAGUUAAUACAUGCUGGAACAUGAAUGCUACAUAGUGUCAGAGCUCCUGUUAAAAACUUCAGCUCAUUUCAAAUUUUAACAUGUUCUUCAGAUUAGCUAUCAUUAAAGAUUCUCAUGAUUAGAAACAUUUAUCAAAAAAAGCUGGAAAAUGAAGAUUUAAUUUUCUAUGAUUAACAUAAGAUUAAUUGUAAUGAUUUAAAUCAUGUAUAAAGUUUUGAAACCUUUCUAGCAACAGUCAUAAUUUAAUUACUCAUUUGGAAUCUAGUUCCAUAAGAUUUUAUUUCUUUGGUUUGUAAAAGUCUGUUUCUUGAUUAUUUUAUAUAAGGUUAAUUGCCAUUAGAUUAC